AUGUUGGCUAUGUUGAGUAGACUAUCAAUAGGGCUGGACCGAAAUGCUCCAGUUGCAAGUCUUGCUCCGGCGUUAUUGAUCGUGUCUAGCAUUUUUAGGGCAUUUUUAUUAGCAUUGAUAAAGAGGAACGCAUUGUAUUCCAGUUUAGAUAAUAUGAGGGAUUUAUGUAUAAUAGAUAGAAAUUGGUUUGUAGCUGUACGAGCUAAAAAUAUUCCUGUUUCGGGACCAAUAAUACAAGAAAAGGCUCGUGAAAUUGCAGUACGACAUGGUAAUCAUUCAUUUAAAGCUUCCAACGGUUGGUUAUCUAGUUUUAAAAAUAAACAUUAUAUCGCGUGGAAUCGAGUUUGUGGUGAGUCGAAUGAUGUAAAUAUUGAUAGUGUAAAUGAGUGGAAAUUGAAAAUAUCUGAAUACGUAAAAGAUUAUGAUGCAUGUAAUAUUUACAAUUGUGAUGAGACUGGACUCUUUUUUCGUGCGAUUCCAAAUAAAACAUUAAAACUUAAAGGGGAGCAAUGCAAAGGUGGAAAGUUAUCUAAAGAAAGAUUAACGGUGUUAUUAUGUGGUAAUAUGGCCGGAGAUAUGGAAAAGUCUCCAGUGAUAGGAAAAUCAGUUAAACCAAGAUGUUUUAAAAUUACCCGUCAUUUGAUGUGCUUGUAG